CUCUCAUUGGUCCGAGAGACGACACUCUCCCUCUCCCUCACCACGCCCCCUCCCUCAUACCCCACUUCCCACACCCUAUCUCGGGAAUCUAGGGUUCCCUGCAAUCCUCUCUUCUCUCCCGAUCCGCAUUCCUUUCGAGCUCCUCCGGAGAUCGAUUCGAGAUCGUGGAAGAGUGGAAAAAAUAAGUCUUUGGGUUUUAUCAUGAAGAAUUUCAGUCUAUUGUGUUGAUUUCUGGCUGGCAUUUUCAUUGAAGGGAUUCAUCAGAUGAUUUGUUGUAAUUUUGUUACGCUCAACAAGCAUACCAAUGGGCUUAUUUCUGAUGAAAUGUCAGAGGCAACACUUUCUUUCCAUAAUGCUUAUCCUCCUCAUGGUGGUGCCAAUAAGCAGUGCCAUUAGUUCAGAUGGUGAUGCGCUUCUAAGUUUUAAGACAGCUAUUUCUAGUUCAGAUGGUGUCUUUCUCCAUUGGAGACAAGAAGAUCCUGAUCCUUGUAAAUGGAAAGGUGUGACAUGUGACGAUCAUACAAAGAGAGUAAUUUAUCUGAGUCUUGCCUACCACAAGUUGAUUGGGUCUAUAUCUCCAGAAAUUAGCAAGCUAAGUUACUUAAAACGAUUAGCUCUACAUGGUAACAGCUUAUACGGAACCAUUCCUCCAGAGCUGGGAAACUGCACAAAGUUACAAUACUUAUAUUUGCAGGGAAAUUACUUAAGUGGAUUUAUCCCUUUGGAGUUGGGUAACCUUUUGGAACUUGAGACUCUGGAUAUCUCCAGCAACACUCUGAGCGGAUCUAUUCCUCCAUCACUUGAUAAGCUGCCCAAACUUAGAUCACUCAAUGUAUCAACAAACUUUUUGACUGGAGUGAUACCAUCUGAUGGUGUGCUUAUCAAGUUUACAGAAACUUCCUUUAUUGGAAAUCGUGGGUUAUGUGGGAAGCAAAUUGGUGUCGUGUGCAAAGAUGAGGUUCAGCCGCCAUCCAUAGAUUCUCAGCCUCCCACUUCAGGAAACAAAGGGGGUAAGAAGAAUUCUACUAGGCUUGUUAUAAGUGCAGUUGCAACAGUUUGUGCUUUACUGUUCGUGGCACUAAUGUGCUUCUGGGGCUGCUUUCUUUACAAGAAAUUUGGUAAAGGUGACAUCAGCGGUCUUGCAAUGGAUGUCAGUGAAGGUGCAUCUAUUGUAAUGUUUCAUGGGGACUUGCCCUACUCAUCUAAAGAUAUCCUAAGAAAACUGGAGACAUUAAAUGAUGAAAACAUUAUUGGUACUGGAGGCUUUGGAACUGUGUACAAGCUUGCGAUGGAUGAUGGAAAUGUGUUUGCUUUGAAGCGAAUCAUGAAGACAAAUGAAGGCCUAGACCGUUUCUUUGAUCGGGAACUUGAGAUUUUGGGGAGCAUUAAGCAUCGUUAUUUGGUCAAUCUCCGUGGAUAUUGUAAUUCUCCUUCAUCGAAGUUGUUAAUCUAUGAUUACUUACCUGGUGGAAGCUUGGAUGAAGUUUUACAUGAAAGAUCCGAACAAUUGGACUGGGAUGCACGUCUUAAUAUUAUUAUGGGAGCUGCAAAAGGCCUUGCAUACUUGCAUCAUGAUUGUUCACCAAGAAUCAUACAUCGUGACAUUAAGUCAAGCAACAUAUUACUAGAUGGAAAUUUGGAGGCUCGUGUGUCUGAUUUUGGACUUGCAAAACUGUUGGAGGAUGAAGAAUCUCAUAUUACCACAAUAGUUGCUGGAACAUUUGGUUAUCUUGCUCCAGAGUACAUGCAAAGUGGUAGGGCAACAGAAAAAACAGAUGUGUACAGCUUUGGAGUCCUGGUGCUGGAAGUAUUGAGUGGAAAACGACCCACUGAUUCAUCAUUCAUCGAGAAAGGCUUGAAUAUAGUAGGAUGGUUGAAUUUCUUGGUCCUCGAGAACCGUCAAAGAGAGAUAAUUGAUCCUCACUGUGAGGGAGUGCAGCUUGAAAGCCUGGAUGCUUUGCUAUCUGUUGCCAUUCAGUGUGUUUCUUCAGCCCCAGAGGAACGGCCCACGAUGCACCGGGUGGUGCAAAUAUUGGAGUCAGAGGUUAUGACGCCAUGUCUGAGUGACUUCUAUGACUCCAACUCGGACUGAUUACAUUUUAUUUAGUUGCCAACUGCUGGUUCAUAUGAUAAAGACACCUCCUAAGGAAUACAGAAGUGUUCUGAAUACAUUUAUUUUCAUUCAUUUAUUCUUUUUUGCACAUUAUGUAAAUGUAUUCCUGUCUUUGAACUCUGGUUCCUCAUCCCUUCUUUUGAAUCGUAGAAGCUUUAUCUUUACAUCUCAUUAUAUCUAUGAUUCGAUACUUGGGAAA